UGAACUUCCUACUCGUCCUCCACAACUCCCCGUUUUCCUCGCUGGUUCGAGGGCCGUGCGUGCCAUGGAAAACCCGUGCGUCCAAAUAUCGCCCGUCGCCAUCACGGGAACCGUGGUAGUCGAGCAUCUACAGAGCAACGGCGCACCGGCUCGCAAGGUGACGCACCAGAACGCCGAGGCGUCUCUGUACAGGAACGAAUUUCGGGACAUUUUACUCAGGGUGAGCUUGGGACCGCGCUCGGUCGUGUACUCGCUGCAAAACGCCGUCGUGCACAAGAAGUUCGUGCGGGAAGGUAAGAUGUCCGUCGCCCUCAAGGACGAAAAAGUGCACCUCUACUUCUCCAACUGUCCGCCCAGCAAGCUCGGCACGUUCGUGAAGUUUCUGCACGCCAAGAAGGCGACCCAAGAGCCCGCCGUGUCUGCUCGCGAACGCUUGAAGUCGGGCAAGCCGAGAGUUAUCGAAGAGAUCAGUCCGUUGAUGCUACGCGACGCCAAUGCGACCCAGUCGCAGGGUCUGAAGAGACCUCUUUCCAAGGACGACCAAGCUACGCCGACGGGAAAGAAGAGCCGACCAAUGGGACCUAGCCACAGAACACCCACCACUAGCACUGCGAAGCCUGGGAAGAGCUUGAAUCCCGUGCAGCUUACCUUGGAGCAGAAAACGGUUCUCAGUGCAGUCCUGGCCGGCCGCAGCGUGUUCUUCACCGGCGGUGCAGGCACGGGAAAGUCGUACCUUUUGAAGCACAUCUUGUCGUCGCUACCACCACAGGAUGCAUUUGCCACGGCUACGACCGGCAUUGCAGCUGCCCAGAUUGGUGGCACCACGCUGCAUUCAUUUGCUGGCGUAGGAACAGGCACGGCCACAGUGGAAGUGAUGCUGCAGCGAGCGAUGCGGCCACCCUGGGUGAAUUACUGGCGGCGCUGCAAAGUGCUGGUGGUAGACGAGGUGUCUAUGCUCGACGGCCGCUUCUUCCACAAGUUGGAGCGGGUGGCCCGGCUAGUGCGCCGCAAUGAUCGUCCUUUUGGUGGCAUCCAGCUGGUUCUCUGCGGCGACUUUCUGCAGCUCCCACCAGUCUCUCGGAAAGAGGAACCCGCACCGGUCUAUUGUUUUCAGACGUCCGCUUGGCGCCAGUGCAUCAACAUCACCCUGGAGCUUAAGCAGGUGCACAGGCAGAGUGAUCCUAGGUUCAUCUCUCUGCUGCAGCAAGUGAGGGUAGGCUCCUGCCCCGAUUGGGUCGAGGAAGCGCUCAAGAGGACGGCCAGUCGCUCUCUUGACACAGGUGACAUAGUGGCAACUCGACUAAGCACACACACGGAUGAUGUGGAAUUCAUGAACCAAAGGUGCUUUGACCAGCUGCCAAGCACACCGCGCAUAUUCAAAGCCAUUGACUCGGAAGGUGCGUCAACUGACUUGCUUGAAGUGUGUGCACCCGCCACCCUGAGCCUCAAAGUGGGCACACAGGUUAUGCUGACCAAGAACACUCAAGUGAAAGCUGGCCUCGCCAAUGGCUCGCGUGGAGUCGUGGUGGGAUUCGACUCUGCAUCCGGAGACCCCAUUGUUCAGUUUAUGAACUCGUGCAAGCAAAUCAUCACCAAGGAGCGCUGGGCCAUUCGGACAGGCCCAGAGGGUAGGUGCCACGUUCGGCGGCAGCUCCCAUUGAGGCAUGCUUGGGCCAUGUCCAUUCACAAGUCUCAGGGUCUGACACUUGACUUUGCCGAGCUGACGCUGGGUCGCGUCUUUGAGGCGGGUCAAGCGUACGUCGCUCUUUCGAGGGUGGCCACGCUUGAAGGGCUGAGAGUUCUAGACUUCAGGAAAGACUGUGUUCGGGCCGAUCCUCGUGUGCUUUCCUUCUACCGAGAGCUUGGGGCCUGCUGACAUGGGUGGUGGCGGGC